GUUCCGCUCCGCUUCCCGGCAUUGCCGCUGGUCCGUGCCGCGGGGCGACCCCAGCAGAGGCGUUUCCUCGUCCCCUCUUCGCCCCGCAACGGCGCGUGAGGGCCGUGCAGAGCCGCUGUGCUCGGUGGGGCCUCUGCUGGGAUCGCCUGCUGCGCACCGCGAGGGCUCCGGGACAGCUCUGCCCGCGCUCCCGCCGUGCGGUCCCGAACGGCCCAGCUCAGGGUCUCUUGAUGGUUUCGCUGGUACCGGCGGAGAGCGGAGACGACGCCCGCUUGUCGGGCUCAGUUACAGGAGGGGAGCUGGGGGGGGGGAACGGGCUGCGGCGGAAUUCCGGGCCCGGCCGUUGCCGUGCAAUGCGGCACGCGCCGUGCAAUGCGCGCGGCUGCGCUGCUCCACACGAGGCGGCGCGCGCCGCUCCUCAGUCCGCCGCUCUCCGAGCGGUGCCGCCCGGCGGAGCUGCCCGGGGCCGCAGGCGGUGAUGCUCGGAGUUCAUCGCGCUGAGGUCCCCGAACCUGCGGGGAUGAACUCUUCGUACGGCUGCGAACGGGGGCCGCUCCGCCCUGGAGCCCCGAGCUGCUGCAGCGGGGUCACGGCCUUCGUGCUCGAUGCGAUCGCGGCAGAGCUGGCUGGUGAGAGCAGUGGUAAUGGCAGCCUUACGGAGCUCUUCUGGAUAACUCAGAAACUUUUUGCUUUUGAGAUGUUCUUGGUAGUGGUUCUGCAACCCGUGUUUAGUGAAUGAGCGCCAGAAAACUUCUGCAGGUCAGGGUUUCUGAUCUCCCUUUUCUUCACAGACGUUUCCCAGAGGAUCUCAGAGAACCUCCUUGUUGUUCCCACCAUCCCUGUCCCAGCAGAGAUGCAGGUGUUCAGCAUUCACCUGUUCAAAUAAGUCCUUAUCCAGGACGGUUUGCCUGUCAGGCUCUUCCAUUUCCAUUCUCUCUGCUUUGUUUUCACGCAUCGAUUUGCUUCUCCCCUCACAGCCCUUGCAGUUCUCUGGGCCUGCAUUACGACCUGCAUUAAAAAAGCAACCCCACACUGCAGGCACAUUUUUCUACUUUUUAAAUUUACACACGAAAAAGAAGGCUCCGAGUUCUCUGUUUCGGGGAAGGGGACAGCAGAGCAGUUGGUGUGUGCAGCUGUGGGGCAGCGCAGGCGCUGACUGUCAGAUCCUACAUCUGCCCGGAGGCCGCCCAUCCCUGAGCGCGGCAUGGGGGCUCUCGGCCCUCUGUGCCCUCUGAGCUGCACUUCCUUCAGCACCUGCAAGGUGUUGACAACGCAAUUGCAAAGUAGUCCUGGUACGUAGGUAUGACUCGUAGUAAGAGAGCAGAGUCAGUCUGUAGGCAGUUUUGAAGCUAUACACAGCUACACAACCCAUCCUGCAGACUGGAACUGAAGCUCUUGUCUCUUACAUUUACCUUUACCGCUGUCAGCAUGUUCAGAUAAACAAAAGGUCUCUUUAGAUGUUGUAUGGGAAUUGCUGAGUCACAGCCUGAACCAAUGACUGAGCACCUGAGGAAGGGACACAGCCAGCCCUGGGAGCACAGGUGGCAGCAAUUCCAAAAACCUGGUUCCAGCCCUCCCUACCGUCAACUGAAGGGCUGGCUGCCACCAGGGAAGGUCUUUACUUGGAGAUCCCUCCUUUUGGAGUAUUUGGUGAGCCCCAAGCCUUGGAACGGGGCAAGCAAAUCUUUCUUGAGCUGGAUGGUGACCAGCAGCCUUUUUUGGGUGAUUCAGAACUGGUUCUCUGCCAUCGCCUUUCCUGACAGGUGUCUGCAGGUUGGUGGUCCUCUCUUUGAUUGUUUGCCCUCCUCAGGCUGUGUGUCUUGCCUGGUCUUCUCGGCCUGUUUAAAUGUUGAAUGUGUUCUCUGGGGAAACCCAAACAAAUCUUAGAUUUCUCACUGACACAUUCAAAGCACAUGUUUAACUUAGCAACGUACAGUGUAGGAAUAGCUGUUUGCUCCGUGUGUCUUGUUGUGUACUUCAGCUCAGCUGAAAGAGAGCUAGAAAUUCAUGGUGAUUGCUUAGGAACUUGUUUGCAUUCUGACGGGGUUUUAUCAGCCUGUUUCUGCUUCCUGCAGGAGGUGCUUCCCAGGCCACAGUAAGUGUGCUGUACAAAUGUCAGUGUGCCAGUCCUGUGUGCUCGCUGUGACGCGCUGCCUUGCAGUGGGACAUCUCUCCAGGGGAAAGCCCAGUGUGAUCCUUCCCUGCCAUACCAAGAGAACUGCAAUCCCUCGUCUCCUCAGCCUUUGUGCCCACUUACAUUGUUUGCUUUGAAUGUCUGGAGCCAUCUUGAAACUGAAUCCCUACAAACUGUUCAGAAUGGAAGUGCUGCUCAUUCCAAGACACAAUGCAGUGCUCGCCACCAGGCUUUCCUUCUGAGGCAUUUGGAAGCAGCGUUCGGGAGUGGGCUUUAAGAAGACAAAAUUUGCAGGCUGUUUCUGCCUCUGCCAUCAGCUCUUUUGUGCCUGUUUAUUUCAGUCAUAUAUCAUGUCUGCUCCUAGUGGCUUUCCUGCCCCAUCUGCACCACCUUCAUAUGAGGAGACAGUAGGAAUCAAUGUGAACUAUCCUCACCCCUACCCUGUCCCACAACCUGGCCUCAGACCAGAUGGGAAGGGAAUGAACCCUCCGCAGUACUCAGGACAGCCUAUGCCAACAAGUACACCUGUUACAGUUCAGACUGUGUAUGUGCAGCAACCCGUAGUGCUGUUCUAUGACCGCCCAGUUCAGAUGAGUUGCCCUUCCUGUAACCAGAUGAUCGUGACACGUCUCUGCUAUGAGUCAGGAGCGUUGACUUGGCUGUCGUGUGGUGGCCUCUUCCUGCUGGGGUGCAUAGCUGGUUGUUGCUUAAUUCCCUUUUGCGUUGAUGCUCUGAAAGAUGUGGAACACUUCUGUCCAAAUUGCAAUGCCCACGUUGGUUCUUAUAAGCGUUUAUAGCCGGUGUGUAAGCACUAAGAGUUGAUUAGCAACUCUCUAAACCCAUACUGAAGCUUAAUGAAGGCUUCCUAGUUCUUUUCUGUCCUGUCACUGGAAACCAAUAAAAAUUAAUGUUUGUUGCCAGAUUGUUUGAAUAAGAAUUUGCUAAGAAUUAAUGAUUCUGACUUAGGUCUUUUUAGGGCUUGAUGGACUGCUCAGCCCUGGACCAGGUGGAGGCAGCUCAAUGCUUGCCCCUUUCUGCCUUCUGCAAAAGAGCUUGGUGAUGUUGGUCCAGUUAAUCUUAUCUCAGUUGUGUUGCACACUGUGUUUGCUUGCUGUGUAGUCCUGGCACAGACCACGAGUAGGAUGUCUGUAGAGGACUGUACAGCCCCGUUGCUCUACAUCCUUGAUGCUGAUGCUAUUGCAACAGCAAAGUUCACAAAGUGGCUGGCAGUUGCUCGCCUCUGACGUGGGUGCCCCUCUGAUGAAGGAAGUAAUUUGGCCCCCAGUGUUAUCAGCUGGGUACUUCUUUUUAUGAGCACUAAAAUUAACUUCAAAACUUUCUGUGAAAGACAAUCAAACCUGAAGGCUUCUUCCUUCUCGGAAGCUGCAUUACCAAAGGGACAACUCAGGUUACUGUGCAUCACCGGUGAUUGAAUGUAGUACCUGAAUUUCCUUGCUAGUUUUCAGCCUGUUUGUAUUUUACUUUGCAGUGAAGUUGCUUACUCAGAAAUUUUUAAUAGAUAUUUCUUUUUUUACUGCUGAUUUAUUCGGCUCAUUUCCCAAAUGAAAGGUAACUUCUGUUCUCAGAAACCUGAGCUGUAUGUGAUGGUGAGCACAAAAAUCGGAGUGAUGCUCUGAGGGUUGGCAAUUUUACAGAUGGCAGCUGUGGUGCAAAUAACCUCUGAGGUCGUUUUGGUGGCAGCUGUCCGGAGCCAGCAGCCAGCGGGCCGGGCUGGGCUGCGAUGCUGAAGCCGUGUUGUGUUCAUCUCUGCAAAGGCUGCAAAUAAAUAUGGAUUUAAAAACACA